AUGGAGCCCUUAUACCAGGAAUACCUAACAAAUCAUGGAACUGUAGUAAAACCUUAUUAUUGGUUGGCCUUGACUCUAGACUGUUCUAAGUGCCCUUAUCACAUCCGGACAGGGGAAGAAGCAAGAGUUACUCAUACUGAAUUUUAUCAGCUCUUUGGAUUCCCUUGUGGGCCUAGUCCUCAAACAAAACAUCUCACAUUUUAUGAAUUAAAAACUUCUUCUGGCAGCCUGGUGCAAAAGGGUCAGGCUUCAAGUUGCACCGAGUAUGAUACCCACCCAGAAUCUAUGUUAUUUGAGAUGGGUAGUUAUCUUGAGUCACUCAUACAUAACAAUGACAACGGUGGACAGAUCCUUCUUUAUUCUAACUACUGUCCUUGUAAUGAAGCCAGCCAUUGCUGCAUCAGCAAAAUAUACAACUUUCUGAUGAGAUAUCCAGAAGUUAGCCUCAAUAUAUAUUUCUCUCAGCUUUAUCAUACAGAGACUGACUUCCCUGUUUCAGCAUGGAACCGUGAAGCUUUACGGAGUCUGGCCAGUUUAUGGCCUCAGGUCACUCUGAACCCAAUAAGUGGUAGAAUUUGGCAUUACCUUCUCUAUCAUUUUGUGAGUGGUGUCUCAGGGGCAAUUCUUUACCAACCAAUUUGGCCUGCAAGAGCACUGGCUGACAGACACAAUGCUUAUGAAAUCAAAGCAAUCACAGGAGUGAAACCAUACUUCACUGAUGUACUUCCCCAGACAACAGUGAACCCAAACACAAAAGCUCAGCUGGAUUUACAGAGAUGCCCUUUAAGCAAUGUGUUCCCUCAGGAGUCUUUUCAAGUGAUGAACAACCAACUACCACCCAUGAUGAUGACCCCAGAACAGAAGAUGCCUGUAAUUUUUAUGUUAAUGCCUUUCGGAGAGCAACAACCAUUCAGUAUAGGUCAAAACCCACCCAAACCAAAAAACAUUGUAAGGCACUUAAACGUGCCUCAGAUGUUAUUAAAUGAAACCAAAGAUCCAAGAAGACCCCCUGCUGGAAGACUAGUGGAGACUGUGGAAAUCAUAGAACAAUUUUCAGACACUAAAGAAGAAAGAAAAAAGAAAAUGAAAAAAGUAAACACGCAUUUUUAAAAAGAUAAUGUUAACAGACAUUAGAAGGCUUAUGAGACUAUUGGUGUAUGUUUGAUAGCUUUCAUUCCUGGACCAGAUGGAUCUGGGCUACCUAGAAAGCAAUCACACUAAAAAGCUAUCCAUUACAUUUUUCAUUACAUCAACAACAAGCAGGCACAGUAUUUUUUAACAGUUGAAAUUUUUCCAAUAAACAACUUGACCCCUUCAAGUAAUAGCAUCAAAGUGGAACUAUAAGUCAUUCCCCAAUAGCUUUAUGUGGGAAAGUAAUGUUUUUCUAGGCAGCCCACAUCAUCAUUGAGCACUGCAAAGAAAAAGAAAAAGAAAAAAGAAAAGAAAAACUUAAGUGAACUAAAGUGAGUCCAAAAAUUAGUUUCAGUACAAAGAUUUAUUGUGAAGUUGGAAACCUGCCUGAAGUAACUGACAUUAAGUGCUGUUUGCAGCAGCAAACCAGUGAUUUUCCAUUAAUCAUUUAUUGUCAGCAGAUAGACUUUAAGCAGCCCACUUUCUCUAAAGUGAUUCAAAAUAAUUAUGAAAAAAGAGAAGCCAUUCUACUAAAGGAUUUAAUGCAUCUAUGGAAAUAGAUUGUUAAGUUCAAUCACCCACUCAUGAUGGAUGAU